UCGUUUUUUAAUUAGCCAAGCCACUUAAUAAAGAUACAUGACUUUUCAUACAAUUCCCAUACUGGACUUAGGCUAUAAAAUGCAGAUCUUUUUGGCAAACAUAACUAUCAAAAGCCAAGAAAAUAAAAUAAAAUAAAUAAAAUAAAACAAUGAGGAGCACUCAUCAAGAACCUCGUUCGAGCUCUUCUUGUGCAGCCUGCAAAUUCUUGAAGAGAAGAUGCACCCCUAAUUGCCAAUUUGCCCCUUACUUCCGCUCCGACGAACCCAAAAAGUUCGCCAAAGUGCACAAAGUCUUCGGCGCAAGCAAUGUGAGCAAGAUUCUCAACGAGGUGGCGGAGGAACAAAGAGAGGAUACGGUUAAUUCCCUCGUUUACGAGGCGGAGGUGAGGCUGCAGGACCCUGUGUACGGCUGCAUUGGAGCCAUAGCCUCGCUGCAGCACAGGAUGGUUGAGCUGCAGCAUGAUCUGCUGCUCGCACGUGCACGGUUAGCUUGCUGUGCUGCGGACAAUCAUCACCAUCAGCAGCAGCAGCAGCUGCAGCUGCAUCAGCAGCAGCCGUCGGAUUUGUCGUUUUUGGAUCCUUUUGUUCAGAUGCCGGGGAUUGGCGGCGGCGGCGGUGGCGGCGUUGCGGUGGGGGGGUUUGAUGGUGAUCAGAAUAUGCUGCCGUUUGAUCAGUUCAUUACUACUAGCCCCUUUCAGUUUCCGUAAUUGAGAAACAUUCUUGAUUUUCAGAUAUUUAAUUUAUUGUGUAUAUCUUUUAAUUUGAUUUAUGUGUACGUUUGUGUGAUGCAUUGUGUUUGUUUUGUAUGAAUUAUGAUUAUGUGGAAAUUAAUUAAUUAAUGAAUUAAUUAA